CGUUAGUUGAGUGCUAAUUCGCUGCUGAUGAAGUUUAAAUUGCGCUGCGGGUGAUUUUUCCAAGUUAACGGCUCUGCAUUGGCAUUUUAUUCACACCCACUAAAUAAAAAAAAGCGUUUUUCCAAUAGUGUUUCAUGUUCAAAAGUUUAAUAGAAAUCGAAUUAUAUAUAAAAUAACAUAUAAUAAAAAAGGCUUCCUUAAAGAAAAAAAUUCUAGAAAUGCUUUGUGUUUUGUUUUGUAUUUUUGUGUGAUUAUCGAGGUAAGAAUAGUGGCUGGAAAAGUGUGCAAAUGCACACAAAUCAAUUAGCACACAGAGUGCAAAACGAAAUACGUAAAAAUAAAUAAGUAUUUAAGUACAUAUGUGCGUGCGUGUGUUGUGUUAAAUAAGAAGCACAAAGCAAGUGAUGCAGAUCUGUGCGAAUAUCUGUGAAGCAAAAAAUAUAAGCAAAUUUUAAAACAAAAAUCUUGUUUGGAGAUGUGCUUCUUCUUCUCUAUGUGGCGGUCGCUGCAGCUGUGAAGCGUAAAUUUUUGUGUUGUACUUAGUGAAGUGAAAGAACCUACACUGUUGCUGAAUGGAAUUUUCAAUUACUUGCUACCGCAUCACCGAAUAGCAGAUAAACAACCAAUAAGGGUAAACAUCAAAUUAAAGUGGAAAGUGAAAUUUGUUUAUUGAAAGGUAAAAAACAAUAAACUAAGAAAAUUUUAUGCCAAAAUCAUAAACGACCAGUCAUAAAAAAAAAUUAUAGAGUAUACAAAUGCUACAGUAACGACAACGGUAAAAUCAACACUGGUAACAACUGUAACAGCUGUCAAAACGUUUGCAACGCUGAACCUGUGAAAAAACAGCACCAACAACAACAAUCAAGCGCUAUUUGAGCGCGCAAUUCGAAUGGCCGCUGCAACGCCAUAAAACAAGCAAAGCAACAACAUAAAAGGUUAACUAAUAACUAAUUACAACAAAAAAUAAAAAGUGCAACAAAUUAAAGGUAAUGUUACUCUACAGCUGCAACUCGCCACGGUUCCAACUUUGUUUCGUUCGUCUAUAAACUCUUUUGCCAACUUUGGGCUAACAAUUUUUUCCUGGUCUUUGCUACCGCCAAAGGCGCAAUCAACUAGGAGCUCAAGCAAUUGCCAGUGAGGGCAACACUUUGUAAAAAUAAGGGUGUUGAACGUUGCCGUUCAACAACACAACACAACGCAACUCAUAACAAAUAACAAACAACAGCAAGCAGCAACUGCGGAUAGCAAAUAACACACUACGCCUGCCUGCCUGCCUCGUUGAGAGCGCGCCAACGCGCAAGUAAUAACAACAAUGACAACAACAAUACAAGCUGACAUCAAUACAAACACCACAACCGCCAACGAAGUUGCUGGUCACGUUGCAACCGCCAGCGGCACUGGCACCGACACCGGCAACAUUGCUGGUGCUGAUGUUGACAAUGGCCUGGGCUCACCGCUGACACCGUCCCAUAGAAACUCGAAUAGUCACACAAACAACACCAAUCAUUUCUACAGCAAUUCAUCGAAUUCAAAUUCAAAUAUUGGCAAUAAUGGCAGCACUACAGCAACAAAUAACAAUCAGCGUGCUAUGAAUGAAUCGAACAAACGCAAAAAGCUUAAAUCACGCACGGCAACUGUACCGAGUGGCGGUCAGGCUCACGGCCAUGGUGAUGGUUAUAUGAAGGACCACUUGGACGCUUGGCUGGAGACAUGCCUCAAGGAUGCCUCCAAUACGCAGCUAUCUUCCUCCUCUGAAUUUUUAGAUUAUAAUCCAACACCAACGGGAACUAGCGGUGGUGGCGGUGUUGGUGUUGCGGAUCGCGGUAAUGUGGCGAAUCCACAAAAAUUCAUACAACAACAAAUGCAGCAGCGACAUCAGCACCAACAUAGCCAGCAACAGCAACACCAACAACAGAAUCAGGCAUAUUUAUCCAAUAACAGUUUGAACAACGCAAACCAACAGUCGCAGUUUUCUUAUGCACAACAACAACACUCCUCGCAGCAGCAGCAACACCAACAUUCCCGUCAACAACAAUUCGGGUUGCCGGCUGGCCCAAUGCCGUUUUCAAGCGGCUACACAGGCGCUGGCAGUGGACCCUUCAGCCAAGGCUUUCAACGAAAUGUGCCAAAUUACGUGAAACACUCCCAAUACAGCAACCGGUAUGCCAUGAUGUUCCCGCAUAGUGGCAUGGGACCUGCACCCGGCGGUUACUAUCAACAAAGCGAUGGACAAGAUUUUGCCAGUCUACCGCCCAUUGUGAAUAUGAUGGGUGGUUCGUCGGAGAUGGAGAAUAACUCAACAGAUGUGCUCGAUGGUAGCGGCAGUAAUCCCAACAUUAGUCGCGGUUUCCGCUUCAGCGACCCUUGUUUGUUAAAUCCAUCCGAUAAUGAUUCCAAAGUGAGUGGCCAAAAUACGCCCGAUCGGCGCAAUCAGAUGCCCAGCGACUUAGAGAAUAAUAAAUUCUUCGCCGCAUUGAUGGAACAAAUCAAUUUAUUACAUGAAACGAAUACGAAAAUUUGUCGAAAUCUACACGAAACAAAGGUUGAUAUUGAAGCUUUAAAGCACGCACCCAAUUGGGGUUUGAGACACCGUAGAGAUAGCUUGAGUGGAUUAAGUACACACAGUCAGCCCAUGGUAUUUGGCGGUGGAUUUGGUGGUAUGCAAAGUCCAGCGCCAACGUAUCAUUCAGGCGCCUACACGCCCGGCAUGAUGACUGAUGUGGUGCGCGAAGUGAAGGAAGCAGCACGCGUGCGCGAAGAUGCGCUACUAAAUCGGGUAAAAGCGAUGGUCGAGGAACGCCAGUGGUCAUUUAAUGAGAGCAACUUACGCAUGAUGCGCGACAUUGAAGAUCUGAAGUCUCAAGUUCAUCAUUUGCGCGCCGAUCGCAAGGAGUCCAACAAACGUAUCACACAUCUUGAGGCGGAGAACAAAUAUAUGCGCCAAAUGCUGACGAGCCUCUUCAAUCAGCGCAACACGCCCGAUGUGAUUUAUGAGAAUGAAACACUGCGCACACAACGCAAAUCCUUCCCCACAGCCUCAACACGACGCUCACAAUCGAUGAAUCUUCACUACGGCACCAUACACCAUCAACCGCCAACCGCAGCGCUGACAGUGGAUGAGCAGGGUGAGCGCUUGCAUAUCGUCGAAACGCCCGGAACUUGUGCCGCAGAUUUGGUGACCGUAAGUGAUAGGCGUGCAGCAGCAGAAUUGCGCAGCUCAUUCUCCAGUUCGGAUGGUGGCGGUAGCAUAGGAGCGGGUAGUGGUGUUGGUGGUGGUGGUGGUGGUGUUAGCGUUGGUGUACGCAACAAUGGUGCCAGUGGAAUAGGCAUUUGUACAGUAACACCAUUGCCCAAUGGUAAUGCCGCCGCAGCGUCUAAUCAGCAACAAAUCAUGUCACCGCCUAAUUUCGCAUUGAUAUCAACGCCAACCGAGAAGGAGGAGGAGGAGGUGAAACAACGAAAAAAGAAGGGCAGAAGAGUGCCAAAUGUUGUUGGUGAUUCGAAGCGAAAUGGUGAAACUACUACAGGCGAUGUUGUACACUCUGUUGAUGCAGUUGAUGGUGAUAAAGAUGUUCACGGUCAGAGCAAAUUGUCGGCGCAGGAGCUGCAGCAGGAACUACAGGAUGCGGUAGCAGCUCGUAAGGAGGCCGAUAUUCGUGUUAUUGCGCUUGAGAAUAUGGUAAGAACACAGCGCUUGAACUCCACUCAAGCCAAUUCCGCUACGACCAACAAUACAAGUACAUCCAUCCAUCCAUCUGGGUCGGUUGCAUAUAGCCUAACUAACGGUACUGCUACUGCUACUGGUACUGGUGCUGGUGCAAGUGUUGGUGAAGGUUUUGGUAUUCUAAAUCGUUUUGUUGGCGGCGCAUAUAAUAUUAACCCUUGCACCACCACCACUCUUAACUCUCCACCAUCAUCAUCGACGUUGAUUAUACAGCCUCAGCAGAAACAACAUAAGUCCCAUACGAUCGUCUCGGUCAACAGCGUUGGUAGUGUAGCACAGACGCCAACCAAACUAAGCGUUGCUGGACCCAUAACCGAUUUAUAGUUCUAGCUAAUGGCUACACAGCGCCGAGUUCGUGUCACGCAUUUUUGACUUCAGCGCCACAAGACAAGGCACGCGUCCCGUCAUUUUAGCAGCGCCAAGAGAGGAGUGGACCAGUUUGCAGAAAUUAGAAGCGCGCACGAUGAAAGCAUUUACGUGAAUAAAUACAUAUACAUAUGCAUGUACAGCUACAUACAUAUGUAUAUAUGGAAUUUGGCAGAAUACGAUACUCGAAAUGUGCUCGAAACAAUGAAGUGUUGACUUCGAUAACGAACGUCCUUUACGAUCCGAACCGCUACGAUAUUUGCUUUUAUUAUUUAAAAUUUUAUACGAUAAUUAUAUUUGUAAUUGUUAUUAACACUUGUUAACGCAUUCGUAUUUGCAUUUUGUAUGUGUUAGUGAAUAUUUACAUACAUGUAUACAUACAUAUAAUCCCAUUCAAACGUACAUACAUACAUACAUAUGUGCAGAUGUAGCUCGUAUAAUAGCAGCUUCGUUUUCAUAUUUGAAAAUCGUCCCUAAUGUUUAACUCUCUACAAGUAAUUUGUCCGUAGUUUGUUACUAAAAAUUAACGAUUAAAUAAUUCGUAUCAUCGAGGGUCACUCUAUACAUGGAUACAGUAUUGUGCAUGAACUAAGCAACUUAUUUCCAGCAACUAAGCAACUGUAAUCCAAUUAUUUGGAUUGUUUUUCAGUUCACAAUAUUCAACUAGUGUUGGACGCUUACUGGAAGUGGAUAAUUGAGUAAAUGAUUGUGAAGAAUCUAGAAAUUAAAUUAACUACUAAUCGGUCAUCAAAUUGGCUGCCCAAAACGGAAGCCACUUGAUUAUUUGAAUUUAAUUUAUUUAAAUUAUUUGAACUCUAUAAUUUUGGCCACAAAUCUUGAUGAAUUGCAAUUUUUGCUACUAAGUCAGUCUAAACCAUUGUUCUUCUUCUUCUUCUUGAUUGAUUGACGUGAUAACCGCUUAAGCGAUUUUGGCCGAGUUUAACAAAGCGCGCCAGUCGUUUCUUUUUCAUGCUAAUCGGCGCCAGUUGGAAACACAACAGAAGAGACCUUCCCCUUCCUCUACUACUACCAGCUGGUACCGCAUCGAAUACUUUCAGAGCCGGAGUGUUUGUUUCCAUUCGAACGACAUGACCCAGCUAACGUAGCCGCUGGAUCUAUAUUCUAUGCGCUAUGUCUAUACCGUCGUAAAACUCAUACUGCUCAUUUUUUCAUCGCCUGCAAAGGUCCACAAUUUUUUUUCUCUCAAACACUCCAAGCGGCGUUUCAUUGGAUGUAGUCAUCGUCCACCUGCGCCAUACGUUGGGACGGUCAUGAUGACAGCCUUAUAAAAUGUUAGUUUUGAUCGUCGGGAGAGUACUUUACUAUUCAUUUGCCUACUGGGUCCAAAGUAGCACUUGAUGGCAAGAGAGAUUAAGUUUCAAGGGCCGGUGUUGAUUUUGAAUAAAAUAAAAUUUUUUUAGGAAAUUAUUGUCAUUUCUCUCUAUUAUGAUAAUAUUGGUAUGGCUCAAUUAAGUAUGGAACAAAAUAUCGGCCAAAUGACCACCGCGGCAAUGGAGGCGUGCCAUCCGAUGGUCCAAAUUUUCGAUGACACUGAGGCAUAAUUGAGAUUCUAUGCCGUUAAUGUGCCGAAUUAUCUCAUCCUUUAGCUCUUGAAUUGUUGCUGGCUUAUCGACAUACACCUUUUCUUUCAAAUAACCUCAAAGAAAGAAGUCCAACGGUGUCAAAUCACAUGAUCUUGGCGGCCAACUGACAUCGCCGCGACGUGAAAUUAUUCGGCCAUCAAAUUUUUCGCGCAAAAGAGCCAUUGUUUCGUUAGUUGUGUGGCAAGUGACACCGUCCUGUUGAAACCACAUGUCGUCCCCAUCCAUAUCUUCCAAUUCGGGCCAUAAAAAGUUCUUUAUCAUCUCACGAUAGCGAACACUAUUCACAGUAACUGACUGACCGGCCUUAUUUUGGAAAAAAUACGGCCCAAUGAUGCCGCUGGCCCAUUAACCGCACCAAACAUUCACUCUUUGUGGGUGCAUUGGUUUUUCGGCAAUCACUCUUGGAUUAUCAUUCGCCCAAAAUGCGGCAAUUCUGCUUAUUGACGAAUCCACUGAGGUGAACAUGUGCCUUGUGUUCUUGAGUCAAUUGCACCUUGUAUGCGUGUAAAUGCAAGUCUUUAUGCAUAAUGUUCAUCAACGACUGGCGUGAGAGGUGCAAUUGGUGGGCACGACGACGAGUUGAGGUGGACGGCUCUUCAGCCACACUAUCGCGAAUAGCAGCAAAAUUUUCUGCAGUACGAGCUGUACGAGCAUGCACUUGUGUUUUCACAUCUCCUACAGACGCGGUUUUCUCAAACUUUUGCACAAUUAUUCCGACUGUACGCACAUUUGGACAAUUAAAAUGACCGAAAAAAUCACGAAUAUGCAUUUUGAUUUGAACGCCCGUUUUCAUAAUAAGCCUGAAUAACUUUAACGCGCUGCUUGACUGUGUAUCUUUCCAUGGUUCAAAUUGAAUUAGUCUGAAAUUGAAAAAUGUCAAAUGAAAUGCAGAAAAAAACUUGACGUUUAGGUGUGGUUCAAAUUCAACAUCGGCCCUUGAAAUUUAACCACCAUUUACGUUGACUGACACUGUUAGCGGUGUUAAUGCUGGUUCCUAAAUAAAAAUUAAGUCUGAGCGGAAUGCAAAUGUACCGAACAAAAAUAAAUUCGACAAGGUUAAAAAAAUUUAAUUUAAAAAAAUUCAAAUUUUAUUGCAAAUUUGCAAAAGAAACAAAUUUUUUUUAGAAAUUCUUGAAUAUCCAAAUGUUGCUAUUCCGCGAAUUUCAUUGUUUCCCGCUUCAUCGACUUCAAAGUAAAUUUGACGAAUUAGCUGUCAAAGUCUGAAUUUGACAGUUCAUACGAUGUUUCUUACUUGAUAUCGUAUACAAAUUGCCAUGAACGAUCUACGCAAGCGAUAUAUCUUUUGAGAUGAAUCGUAUUAUAGCGCCCAUAGCAGGUAUAGAUGCCCAUUAAUAAAUGGGAGGGACCGACCAUAUAUCCUUAGAAAAUUUUCUAUUAUCCUAUUACUAGAAAUUCCUUCGUAUUCUGAGAUAUCGCUGAGAAACACACUUUUCAGCUAUUUCCUUUUUUUAACUUUUACUGAGCGCCGUGGACGAAUGGCUUGAUGCGUCACUACCAUUCGGAAGUGCACAGGUUCGAACCUCUGGUCAUGAAGCAUCAAAUGAUAGAACAAUUUUUUCUAAUAGCGGUCGCUCCGCGGCAAGCAAUGGCAAACCUCUGAAGGUAUUUCUGCCAUGAAAAAGCUCCUCAUAAAAAACCAGCGGGAGCAGCGUAAAACUGUAGGUGCCUCCAUUUGUUGAAAAACAUCAAAAGGCACAGCACAAAUAGGAAGCAGAGCUCUGCCAAACAGCUAAUAAAAAAUUUAAGCCCAAAUUGUAUAUAAAAAGAAAUAGAUGUGAAGAUUUUGCGAAACAAAAGUGGCGGUUAUAUGGAGCCGUAAAAUUAAUCAUCCAAAUUUGUUUUUGAUAAAAAACAAACAAAAAAAAUUAGCGAUGAAAAUCUUUACUUUGAACUUCACACACUCCAUUGCUUGUUUGUUUGGAUACUUCAGCUGUUUAGCUCAAAAGUGUCAAAUAUUAUUGACGUAUGACGUCAUUUGCAAAAAUUAUAAAUCUUCCGAUAGGGUUCAAGAAAUAUGCUUACAAACAAAGUUCUUUAGAUGCUGGACAGACAUUUUUCCAGUACUCACAUUUUAGCAAUUGCAAAACAAACAAAAAAAAUUCUGAAUUUUAUUCACAAGUUUGAAAUAUUUUUAAUCAAAUCCCGCGUCUGUCUCAAUCUAAUUAUCCCAAAUAAUAUGUUGCGUAGUUAUUGUAAUUUAGAUAUAUUUACUUUCGAAAAAGUUACCAUCUAUAACUCAGCUGAAAAACCUGCUUAUGUCUUUCACAAUACUGUAUGUGCGCAUUUUAACAAAAAACGCAAUUUAUUGUUCUUUAGCAAAUGUAGCGCAAAGUGUAAUGCCCUUUUGUGUAGCCGCUAAAAAAGUUUCUCUAAAAGUAAUCUACUUCGAAAUUCAUUAAUAUUUCAAAAAAUGUUUAAAAAUUUUUUAGAUCUUUGCUCUUUACAAAAAUUCUUUAAAAAUUUUAAUAACUUUAUUAAUCCCAAAUAACUUCAAACAACCAUUAAAAUCAGAGAAAAUAAUGGAAAAAACCUGUCUCAUAUCCCUGAUAGUUUGAAACUAAAGUUGAUGGAAUGCAUCUUAUACAAUAUCAGAAAAUACCACAUAUACAUACAUAUAUACAUACACAUAUACAAAUAGCGAUGUAAGUAAAAGAGAGUAAUAUAAAAUAUUUAAUAUAUUUUAAGUGCCAUUAAAUUUAAAUGAUAAUAAAUAUUUUAUUUUCGAGUUAA